AUGAGUCAGGUGUUCGAGGGCUACGAGCGCCUGUAUUGCGACCUCUCUGCAGACCCGUCACGGAAAUGUGCUGCAGCCAGAGCUCUCAGGGGUGAGCAGAAGCAGCAGAAAGUUUCCGAAAUUAAUGGCGGAAUAGAUGAAGCGGAGGCUCUGGUUCCGAAAAUGGACCUUGAGGCAAGGACCUUGCAGCCGAGUGUGAAAGCUGCUCUCAUCGCAAAGUUAAGAGAGUACAGGAGGGACCUGAACAAUAUUAAAGACAUGGUUAAGCGAAUCAGCAAUCCUGUUGCAGGAGACGAGUUGUUUUGA